UUGCAUAUUGUGGUGUAUAUUGCCCAUCACAGGGGAGAAAAACCUCCCCUAAUGCAGUACACGUUCAGUUUAUUGUACUAUCAGAUUUUAAUUAAGGAAAAUCCACCUUUAUAUACAUGUAAUAGAAGCAGGCUAGAUACUGUCACCGUCUCCUCCUCUGACUGCCACCACACCACCGUCGAAGAACGAAAAACACGGUUUAACAUUAUAAAGAGAUGGAUCAUGACAUGGGAGGCAUGGGUCAAGCCAUGAACAACUCCAACGCCACAGGAGGGAUGACCAUGACCCACCAUAUGAAUAUGAUGACUCACAUGACCUUCUUCUGGGGUAAGAAUGCUGAAAUUCUCUUCGAUGGCUGGCCUGGAACCAGAACCGGCAUGUAUGUUUUAGCCUUGAUAGCUGUUUUUUUCUUUGCUUUUCUUGUUGAGUGGCUCUCCCACUGCCAAUUGAUCAAGCCUGGCUCCACCCACCUGGCUGCUGGUUUAAUCCAGACUUUCUUGCACGCUCUCCGGAUUAGUUUGGCCUACCUCGUCAUGUUGGCUGUUAUGUCCUUUAAUGUUGGUGUUCUCUUGGUGGCUGUGGCCGGUCAUACUCUUGGGUUUUUGUUCUUUGGGAGUAGGGCUUUCAAGAAAUCGCCACCGCCUGCAAAAACUUCUGAUCUUCCUCCUAUGAGUUGUUGAACUUUGGUGGCGGGUUCUUGGGUUUGGUUAAAGAUUCUCCAAUAACAUGGCUUGAAAGAGUACUCACAGGUAGGGAACUGAAUAUGAUUAGUGUUGGAUUGUGGUGUAAACUGUCUGUACUAUUUAUUAGUUAAACUUUUAUCAAAUUAAAUCUAAUCGUUUGUAUUUAAUCUUAUUUGCUGAUGAUUGUUUGUGUUACAUAUUUGAUUUAUUUAAAUCAAGAAGCUGAGGUUUGUGUGGUCAA